UGCCGUUUCGACUCCUCCCUGUUUGUCAUCACUCGGAAACUUAUGGAAAUCGUCAAAAACAGUCCAGGCGGUGUGCUGCACUUAAAGAAGAUUGUGCCCAUGCUGGGAAUCCCGAAACGGAGGUUGUACGAUAUCACCAGUGUCUUGCACGGCAUCCAAAUGGUCGAAAAGGUAUCCAAGAGCCGUAUUCGAUGGAUAGGGCCUGAUAUCAGCAGUUUCGAACCGCCGCCCGCACAGAAGCAGCUGCGUGAGGAAAUCAGUGACUUGUCAGCAAAGGAACGUGCUCUGGAUGAGUUAAUUAAGGAUUGUGCUCAGCAGUUGUUUGCGUUAACAGAUGACAAGGACAAUGACCGGCUAGCAUAUGUGACAUACCAGGAUGUUCAGAGCGUUGAAGCGUACCGUAAACAGACGACUUUGGCAAUUAAAGCUCCACCGCAAACCAUGCUGGAAAUCCCAGCUCCCGGGGAAAACGCCAUCGCCAUGCGGAUACACAGCACCAGAGGGCCCAUUGAGGUCUAUUUGUUCGAACCAAAGCAGGAGCUUUCGAGUAACAACGCGUCCGGAGGUGAAACGGCCUCCGCAUCUGCAAGCAAACCUCCUGAACAGCCGGAUGAAAAGGAAAGUCCUGCACCGCAAAGUGAAGAAUUAUUAGAAGUCUCCGAACUAUUGUUCAAAGAGAAUGACAGCGAGGUACGGUCCCUAACUAGGCUUUGUACCGUGGUGCAAAAUAACCUCUCCGCAAAAGGGUAA